AUGUUGAUGUUGGUGGAGUUGCAGGUGGUGGCGGCUGGUGGUAAGUGGUGGAGGAAGGUGGGGGAUUUAUUAGUAGCCGGAACAGAUACUGGUGCAGCAAUCGUGGUUUGGGCGAUGACGUUAUUAAUAAGGAACCCUAAAAUAAUGCAUAAAGCACAAGAAGAAAUGAGAAGUAUAAUCGGAAAGAAGCGUAAAGUAGACGAGGAUGAUCUUCCCAAACUUGCUUAUCUAAAGGCAGUGAUAAAAGAGACUUUGCGACUAUAUCCUCCAGCUCCUCUUCUAGUGCCUCGAGAAACGAGGAAAGAUGCCAUUGUACAUGGGUAUCAAGUCAAUCAGAAAACCCUAGUUUACGUCAAUGCAUGGGCAAUCGGAAGGGACCCUAAAUUUUGGGAUAGCCCAGAAGCAUUCUUACCAGAGCGGUUCUUGGGCGGCAAUGAUAUUGACUUCAAAGGGAAAGAUUUUGAGUUGAUUCCUUUCGGAUCUGGCCGGAGAAUCUGUCCUGGAAUGUCAGUUGGAGUUGUUAUCGUGGAACUACUCCUUGCUAAUCUUCUUUACUUGUUUGAUUGGGGGUUGCCUGAUGGUGUGAGAAAAGAAGAUGUAGACUUUGAGGUUAUGCCUGGGAUAACCAUGCACAAGAGAAACGAACUUCGCCUUUUAGCUCAUGGGUACUUUUGAAAAAUGAUUAAUAUUUAGAUCAUCUAUGGCCUUUUUGUGACAAACAG